AUGUUUUUUGACUGUCUAGGCUACCAAGCGCAAAUGCUGCGUAGACGUAUGGCCACCAUGCAGCGAGCAGGGCAGCCACCACCAUGUGGCGGUGGGCCUCCUGGAGGUCUUCCAUCCCCCGGCAAUAAUGGGGCCACAGGUCCUAGCACACCUACUUCGGUCGGUACGCAACCUGCAACCCCUCAGACGCCCACACAGCUGACACCCAACCAUACGUCUCUGCCCCAGCCUGGUGUGGGUGGAGUCCCAGCUGGAGCUCCCCAGCAGCCUCCUCAGCAUCCCGUCCACCACCAGUUUCAGCAGAUGCCAGGUGCAGGCGGAACGAUGACCUCACCGCAGCAACAAAUGGUUCCUCAACAACCUGUGGGACAACUCUCGCAUCCACACAAUCAAUAUGGUCCCCAUUCCACAGGUCCCUCCCCAAAUCCACAGUCGCAGGGUAAGCCAAGCCUUGGUCCUGCAACUCCUCCUCAACUCCCCAGCAAUCCAGGCACAGCACCUAUGUCCCAGCAACAGCAACUUUCAGGUCCUCCACCUGCAGCUGUGGAGAUAGCCAUGAAGAUCCAGCAAGUGGCAGAUGCACAGCGAAAGAUGGCACAGGUUCAGAUGCUACAAAGGCAGGCUGUGCAAGCUGGCAUGAUGCCGCAGCACCAUCAGCAGCCACAGGGACAGAUGGGAGUAGCCCACCCUGGGAUUGGCAUGGUAGGGCCACAAGGAAUAGCCUCGCAGGCACAAGCAUCAGCGAACAGAGUGCAGAUGGAGCAGCAGCAAGGAUCUCAGGGAAUGAUGGUCAGAGCUGGGCCCAUGCAGCUGCAGCAGCAACCCCAACAGACAGUUGUGCAAGGCCAGAUGCCACCGCAAAUGCAUCUACAGCAGCCGAGAAUGAACCCACCACUUCAGCCUCAGCAGCAACAGUGGCCGGGGCAGGGUAUGCCAACCCAGCAGAGACCUGCCAUGAUGGCUCAACCGGGAAUGGUCGCAAUGCAGCCCCCUCCGCAGCAGCAGCAGCAGCAGCAACAAAUGCAACAACAGCAAGCACCCCAAAUGCUGAAUCGAAACGCCUUGAUGAGUAUGGUGCAGGCUGGUCUGCAGAGUGGCAUAGCAAGUGGGGCAGCAGCUGGAAAUCUGCCUCAGGGAGCCCUGCAGGAUCUUUUGCGGACCCUGCGAUCUCCAAGCUCUCCUCUACAGCAGCAGCAAGUCCUCAAUAUUCUUCGGUCUAACCCACAACUAAUGGCAGCAUUUAUCAAGCAGCGGGUUCACAAGUAUAAAGGAGGUACAGGUGGCCCCGCUGUACCACAGGGUGGGCCAGGACCUAUGGGAGGCCAGCCAGUGGGUGUCAGUACUGGGGUGACCCAGCCUGGCAUGCACCUUGGACAGGGUGUUAACAUGCAGACUCAACUUCCUCAACUCCAACAGCAGCAGCAAAUGCAACAGCGGCCGCUAUUGCAGCAGCAGCAGCUGCAACAGCAGCAUCAGCAGCUGCAACAGCAGCAGCAAGUUGCUGCCUUGCAGCAGCAACAACAACAGCAGCAGCAACAGCAAGGAAUUCAGGGUCAGGGGGUUCCAAACAUGGCCAACAUGAAUCCACAGUUUAGAGAUCUGGUCAUGAGAAGGCAACAGCAACUACAGUUGCAGCAGCAACAACAGCAGCAGCAGCAGCAGCAACAAAUAAGUAAUCACGCAGCAUUCCAACAGCAGCAAGGUUACAUGGGUCAGCAGGGUAACAUGCAAGUCCCGCCAGGUGGUCAACCGCUACAAGGUGUGCAACCUGGCCAGCAGCAGAGUUUUCCAGGCAACCCUGCGCAACAGCAAGCUGCAGCUGCCUUGCAACAGAGGCUUGCACAGCAUCACCAGCUACAGAUGCAACAGCAGCAGAAUGCGGCAUCGCAAGGUCCCGAUGUGGGGCACGGAGGAGGUCCACAGCCCACGCAAGGAGGUCCCAGUCUUCAGACAUCACAGGCAUUAUUGCAACAGGCCUUGCAUCAGCGUAUGCUUCAACAGCAGCAACAUCUCAGUGGCACCUCGCUGGCACAGCAGAACAACCCCAUGAGCCCGCAGCAGCAUCAGAUGUCUCAAUCGCCCCACUUGCAGGGCCAACAGCUCCCAUCCACCCUCAGCAACCAGGUCUGUUCCCCCCAGCCCUCCCCGCGACCCCAGUCCCAGCCACCUCACUCAAGUCCAUCCCCGCGCCUGCAACCACAGCCCUCGCCCCACCACAUCUCGCCUCAGACCCAAACGGGUUCUCCGCAUCCUAGCCACCUUCAGCAGCAUCACUCAGGCAUGGCUCCACCUCCUCCACCUCCCCAACAGCCACAGCACAACUCUAAGGACCCAAGUGGAUUUGGUGCAGAUCAGAACACCAUGCUGUCUCAGCUCAGUGGCUUGGCAGGACUCCACGGACCUGGAGCUAAUGAUAUGCUGCCCCCUAGUGGCCAGGACCUUGCCAUUAACAUGAAUAACCCUUUAGACAUCAUAUAGCUAUUAUGGAAUUCACAAAACCUCACCAGAGACAGUGUUAGAUUUUUUUUUAUACUACAAGGAUGAGUUUAGUGUUUUUCAUCAUAAAUGCUUUGAAAAUGGACCCGCAUAGAGAGAUAGCAAAUAAGUAUCGGGGGUGUUUUUUUUUUUCUUUUGCCAGUUGUGUACAAAGAGAGGAUUGUUUCUCAGCCUCAGAGAACAAACCACAAGUAAUAUUUUCAACGUCAGGUCCAGG